GUGGGAUUAUCUUUCAAACCUUUCGAUAGAAAUGAACAGAUUGACAGACAGUAUAAAGGAAGACCCUGACAAGAUAGCAAUUCAACUGAAAACAGCUCCAGAAAAGAGUGGCUCUGCUAGUGCUCCCGAUUUUGAGUCUGCUGCAUAUGGAUCAGUACUGUACUUCUUGGAUGCAGUUUUGCCAUUCCUUGAGACAUUUUUUCGGGAUUUUUAUUAUCCUGAUCAGUCUACAUACAGCAAUGAGAUAGACGAGACAGACCAUAUAGCAAAGGCAGUGGUGAUGUUUUCAGAAAUAGUUGGUCCACUUUUGUUCAAACCACAACAUAUGAAAAAUGUUGUCAACGCAAUGACUAUAAUUGUACCUGCUUCAAAUAUGCCUAACUCGAAUAUUGAACACGUGCUUGGACGUUUUUCAUGUGGUAUAACAAUUGAGGACACCUCGUCUGCAGUUAGAAGGGGAAACAUCGAAUAUUAUACAGAUGAGGUAGAAAUCAAUUAUAAAUUUAAGCUCUUUGCCAAGAAUGCUGCCACUGUAUUUGCUGGUCACAAUACUGUUUCAGCACAGCUUAAGUUCAAAUCUAACAGAGAAUUUACUGAAUUAGGAGGGAACGAAGAAUUACCUUUAGGUGAAGAAUUCCAAACCUUAGUAAAAGUUUUCAUUGAUCUCCGUGAAAAGAAAGCAGAAAAAAGAUACGAACUGUUGGCAGUCCUGAUAGAGCAACUGCACAUUUCAAUUGCUGACAAGAGAAUGACAGAAUCUGCAAGGAAUGAGAUGGACGAACUUAACAUUAAAUGUCUACAAAUUUUGAGAGCAGCCAUUCACAAUGAAGAACGGAAAAUGGACGAGAAUUGGGAAGUUAGGACAGCAGAACAUAAAAUAGAAAAACAAUUGAAAUGGAUAGCGAGCAUACAGAACUUUUUCGAUCGGAAAGGUUCAAUGAGCAAAGGUUUGCCCCAUUUGGCGACGAGAAAUGAAGAUGUGGCAAGAGAAGUCCUAGGAUUUCUGUGUGUGUUGUUGUUUAAUGCAAAUCAAACAGUUCAGAAAUCGAUGUUGUCUUAUUUCCUUUCAACAAGGGAAGAAGUCUUUUUCAUGGCCGUAAGAGAUAGGAUGGCUCUUUCAACUAAUUCUAUCAAAGAAAAACGUUCACUGAACUCGCAGCAAUCUCAAAGAAAAAAAGAAACAUCAAAGACAACGGGGAAAAUAUCAGAAGAUUCCUUCCCUGUAUCCAGAUUGGCUCUGAAGCAAAUUCAAGCGUAUGAAGAUACUCUGCGACAGCAGAGAUUGGCAGGCUGGUCGGUCAAAAGAAAAACAUCGAGUAAGAAACCUAAAAAGAAAAAGAAGCAAAAGAAACCGAAAGAAAGAAAACCGAAACCUGCAAUUAAAGUAAAAGAUUCAUCUAUAAAUGGAAUAAAAAAGGAAGUCACGUUUGUAAACCCAGCUCGGAAGGAAAAGCAAGCUUUAAUUGCACAAAAUGGACCAAACUCCGUAGCAAUCAAGAUACUAGAAGAUUCUGAACCUGAAGAAAUUGAAGAAAAACCUGUAUCAAUAUCGGAAGGGCCUGAGUACAGACAUGAUGGUUAUAUUGAGCUUGUCCUGAAAGUAAUGGCCAGAAUGUGUGAUGGUCAAAACCAUGAUUUACAGGAUUAUCUCAGAGAACAGCCUGAUAAUGUGAAAUCUUUUAAUAUAAUCGCAGAAGUUACAAGAUUUUUAAAUGUUGUAUAUUCCAAUAUCAAUUUUAAGAGCAUUGAUUUGGUUAUUCAGCUGUUCAAUACGAUGAAUGAGUUCACUGCUGGUAAUCAAGAAAACAGAAUUGUCAUUUAUGACAACAAGAUUAUAGAUUAUAUAAAUUUCAUUCUUAGGGCUGGUGAUUUUGAAUCAUGCACUACAGAAAAGAUCCUUUUACUCAGAGAGAGUAUAGCAAAUCUAAUUCUCUCUUUAAUUGAAGAAAAUGGACCAGGGGCUUCAGAAGUCAGUCUGGAGGUCAAAGAUACGUUAGACAAAGUUGCUGUCCUCCAGUUAAUGCAAGAAUGCUAUGAAGUCCAUGAACCAGACAAAAAGAAAAUUGCAGAAUUGAAAAGCAUAAUGUUGGAUGAACCUAUAGCUCCCAAAUCAAAAAUGAAAUCAUUUUCCAAAAUCGGUGGUUCAUUACUUCAGAAGGUGAAAGGUAAACAAUUGGAUGAACUGGCAGAUGCAUAUAUGGAUGUUGGUUUUCGGUUUUAUCUUAUAUUUAACCGAAUGAUUGAUGUUGACCCAAAACUAUUGAACAAUCCAAAAUUGAAAAUGAAUCCUAUAGAGCAACGGGCUUUUACGUUUUACAAAAAGAAUUGUAUGUCGAUAGAAAUUGUUAAAGACGACGAACUUCAGAAAGUCAACUUUAGAGUUAAAAACAAGAGAGUAUUGAGAGAAGAAGUCAAAGAAAAUUUGAAAUGGAAUGUGGAUCGAUCUUCACCAAGCAACAAAAUUCGCGACCUGAUGGGCUGGACAAAGGACAUAAUGAAGGAUAUUAUAUACCAAAGGACAAUACUUAGUAACCCAAUAGCUAUAGGUUUAACUAAGGGUUGGCUUGUAUGGAACCAUUUAGUAACUGCCAUCAGUUUUGUUAUAAAUAUAUUAAUGCUAGUCACGUGGCAGGCUAAAGGAUCACUGGGAGUUCCAGCAAAAAUAAAGGAUAAUACUACAGAUAUAUCCUUAGCAGUUUAUGAUCCUACUCCAGAUAUAGCAGUCUUAAGUCUAGAGCAGUAUGAUAUAGCAAUUUAUGUUCUUGGAGGAACUCAUAACUUCCUAUGUGUACUGAUCCUAAUUAGUUAUUUUGUUGGAAAUCACCCACGUCUACCGAAAAUCAAGACAACUGUCGAGUCAAUUAAGCAGACCUUCAGUAGAAAAAAGAAAGAUGAUGAUCAAGAGGAAGACGCCAAGAAACCACAUCAGUCCAAACUCGAUGCCAAGUUAUUGAGCUUUACAACAUUCUACUAUUUGGCAUUCCUUGCAUUAUCUAUUGGUGGAACUUUAGCGCAUGGAUAUUUUUUUGCAUUCCACAUGCUGAAUAUAGUGAACAAUAAUCAGUUAUUAAGUGGAGUAAUCAAAGCUGUAACACAGAACGGUAAAUCACUGGUAUGGGUGGCUAUACUUGGCUUGGUUGUGUUUUAUCUGUAUGCAAUCGUUAGUUUUGCCUUAAUGAGAAGCAUGUUUGAUCCAGAGUCCUAUCUAUAUUGUGCCACGUUGUGGCAAUGUACUAUUACAGUUAUUAGAUAUGGUUUGAUAGGGGAACUGUUUGAGGAAAUGAAAGCUCAUAAAUCGGAAGCAACGUUUGCAAAGUUCGGUUGGGUUGUGCUGUAUCAUGUUUCCUUCUUCAUCUUUAUUACAACAAUUGGUCUAAACAUUAUAUUUGGUAUCAUUGUGGACACGUUCUCGGAACUCAGGGACCUAAAGUGGACUUCAGAGGCGGACAUGCGUGAUACUUGUUUCAUAUGCAGCAGAAACAGUUAUGACUUUGAGCACCAUGGAAAGGGCUUUGAGCAUCAUGUAAGACAUGAGCAUAACAUGUGGGCAUAUGUAUUUUUCUUCAUUCAUUUGAAUGGCACAAAAGUAAAUGACUACACAGCACUGGAAAUGUAUGUUUACAAAUUGUUGCUGAAAGAAAAUUACGACUUCUUCCCGCUAGAUCGAGCUCUAUCACUGUCAGGAAUGGGCAAGGAUUCCACAGAAACAAAGAUAGAUGAUCUCCUUUAUCAUGUCACAUCAAUAGUUGAAAGACAAAGAAGAGAGGAACUUGAAAAGAAACGCAGUGAAGAAAGGGUAAGACAAAAAGUGUGGGAGCAGAAACAUCGACUUGGGUCUUUCAGAAGACGUGCAAAAUUGCCAGCCCCAGCCGAACAAGAUCCUCUAACAGGAAUGAUUUAUCCUCAGUUACCAGGUGACGACCCCACUGCUCAACCAGCACCACCACAACAAUAUCUUAAACCCACAUAUCCUCAGUCAGGUGUUUUAAGUGGAAGAACUAGUCCUAGGAGGUACAGUGACGUAGGACUUGCAACGAGUAUGCUGGGAAGAGAUAAAUCAGAAUUGUUAUCACCUUUGCCUGUUGCAUCUAGGUUUGACAGGCGACCAUCAAUUGGAAGUCGAAGUGGAAGCCCAAGUAGGAUGGAACAUGAUAGAUUGAGAAGAAGAAGUCCAUCUCGAUAUGAUGAUGAUGAUCCAUAUUUUGGCAGUGUCAGUCCGAUCAGGUAUGAAGACAGACUGAGAAGCCCAUCGUGGUCUCGGCAGGGAAGUGAUGGAGAAAUAAGACCAAUAACACCUAGUCCUUUAACCAGACGAGAUACUAUCACAAGUGGUAUGCUCAGUCCAAGAUGGCAGGAAAGCAGAACAACAAGUCCGAGAGGUGGUAUUCAGUUCUUCCCUGAAACAGAAGCAUUCCCACCACCUCCGCCUUCUUUCAUGGAUCGUCGAGGAAGCACAGAUAGAAGAGCCAGCGAUUUUAGACCAGAAUCCGUAGAAGGGUUGUUUGACCUUCCAGAGUUCGAUCAUCCGAGUGAUAGAGACAGGGAUGCAGACAGCACACAUAGUAGUGAAUAUAGAGGAGAAUCUCGAUACUGAUAUGUUCGUCCAAAUGUUCAACUUUAAUAGAUGAAUAUAUAUAUGUGUCUGAAUGACUUAUGGGAUCAUGUAUGGACAAUUUAAUGCAAUAAUAAUGAUAAAAGUAACUACAUACAACUUUGUUGUUUGGAGGAUUGUAAUGACUUAAGUUACAGCUAUCUGAACUAUUGCUUUCGCUGACUUGAAAGUGUUAAGAUAAAUUGACAUAAUAUUCGCGUCUAUAACGUUUUUUUUUUAACAAGCUAUGGGACCUACAUUGCGAUUGGUAUACAUAAAAAGUCAUUAAUACCGAUAUUACCUUUACGAAAUUGAUUAGGAUAUACAUGUUGUCAUAGUAAAAAAAACUAAUAUUGGAGUUCUUUGUAGAUAUAUAGAUAUCAAAAUAAGGAGAUUCGUCGCAAUUGGGAUAGAAUACAAUAAUCAUCUCGGUUACAAAUUCUUUCAUUUAAAAUAUGAUCGUCAAAGCCAAAAUGUGUGCAUGGUCUUUUCUGCACAAUGUAUGCAGAUGAUUGUAACGGUAGAAUAUAUGUUUAAGUACUGUCAACGUCACCAUAUUGCACAAUUUUACUUGCAUUUCAUCUUUAGAGUAUCAAAAUAUAUUGAUCAAUAUUCAAAACUAAAAGUCGAUGAAUUAAAUGGUAUUUUCCAUUUCAAUCUUUUGGCUUAUUUUCAUUGAUCAUAUUACAUACAUUUCUAUGACAUCAUUAUUGCUUGAACAUAAUGUUUUUAAUUAAUGUAAUGCUAGGAGCAAGCCUUAUAUUUUUUUUUUUUUUUUUUUGGAAUUUGCUAUUUUACUUUUCAUUAGCAUUUAAGGUUUGUUAAUAGAUGAUUUUAAUAAUACUUAUGUAUAAUUUUAUAACAUUUCGUAGGCAAGGAGUAUACUAUAGUACCUGUUCGUUGAAAAUAAUGUGUUAUUAGUAUCAACUUUUAAAGUGUUUCAAGAGAGCUAAACAAUGCUAAAAAAUGCGCACAUACGUUUAUCCAUUAUCGCGGUGGACUUUAUGAAUCAAAACUAACCAGAAAAAACACAUGUUUUGUUUUCCUUAUCAUCAAAAUGUACCAUUUCACCUCAAGGAGACUAUUUAAAUGUAUGUAACUAAGGUAGGAGUCCAUUAACAACUCAUUUCUAUUUUUGUGAAAAUCAUAUUUUGCUUUUUUUAAGCGUAAAUCACGUGUAUCAUGUGAAUUGUCAAUACCACGUUAUUCUUUUUUAUAUUGGAUUGAAUCGGAACUGAAAUUGUAACAUAAAUGAGUGGUACCACGGCUUAAAUAAUUUAAUUCAACUAUACAGGAUUUUUUUUCUUUUGUCUUGUGUAUCAAUAAACGUUUAUGCUA